GGGACAUUGCGUCCAUCGGGACAUUGCGUCCAUCGGGACAUUGCGUCCAUCGGGCCAGCUCGCCUUCGGGUCAGUUGGCCAUCGGGACAUUGCGUCCAUCGGGACAGCUCGCCUUCGGGUCAGUUGGCCAUCGGGACAUUGCGUCCAUCGGGACAGCUCGCCUUCGGGUCAGUUGGCCAUCGGGACAUUGCGUCCAUCGGGACAUUGCGUCCAUCGGGACAUUGCGUCCAUCGGGCCAGCUCGCCUUCGGGCCAGCUGGCCAUCGGGCCAGCUCGCCUUCGGGUCAGCUGGCCAUCGGGCCAGCUCGCCUUUCCUCGUCCCGGCGCCCGGCGAGUGGGCCUGGCAGUACCCCUUACCGUCGGUGGGGCGCGCUCGCCUCCCCCCCUUGGCGACAUGCUGCCGGCCGGGCCGCGGCGCCGUCCGCUGCCGCGGCGGCGGCUCGGCGAGCGGUAUUGGGUGCUCGUCUCGGCGCACGCUCUGGAGGCGGUGCCCGGCCGCAUGCCCGCUGCACUGCCUGUAUGCCCGAGGCGAUUUGCGGCCGGGCUCAAAGCUGCCGCCGCCGCUGGUGCGCCGGGCGCGGCGCUGCUACCGCACCAUGUCGUGGCUGCUCGCGCUGCCCCUGCGCUGCCCACGCGCGGCUCGGCGGGCGGGCAACACCAUCGCCGCUCGUGCACCAGCCGCGGGCGCCCGUCACCACCCCGCCUCUUUGAGGGGGGGGGCGGCGAGCGCUCGCGUGUGUGUGCGGCUGGGCCACUCUCGAGGGCGCCGGCGGGGCUGCCGCCACCGCCAUCGACGGCGGCUCGACGAGCGGUGUUGGUGCUCGCUUCGGCGCGCGCUCUGAAGGCGUGUUCGACCGCGUGCCCGCUGCACUACCUGUAUGCCCGAGGCGGAUCGCAGUCCUGGCAGUCGCCGUCGCAGUUCUCGCAGUUCUGUCAGUCGCCGUCGCAGCCAAGCCAUGCGGUCUGCUUGCGAUUACCUUGGAGCAAAUGGAUGGGUGGGGGGUGACCGCUGGUGAGCGCCAGCGGUGAGCGCCAGCGCGCCCCAGGAACGGUGGGGUGCCCUCGACCGCGCGUCCAAGUCACUUGGGCGGACGAGCGAGCGGCACAUGGCCUGACAAAGAGAAAUCGGAGUCUAGCGACGAGACCGAAUCUGACCAGAGGCCGUCGUCUUCAGACGCCGUCCUCAGACGAAGGUGCCUUUCAGAGGUGUCCUUCAGGAGCGUAGCUGACGUCAGUCUGUGCGCGCUCUCUCGCCUCGUCGAACCCACCACCAUCCCCUUUCUCCUCCUAUCUGUCUUGUGUGUGCCUUGCUGGGGGGAGCAGACGGCUUCAUCGCGAAGCUGCCCCCAGCAGGCGUCUUGACGGGUAUCAAAA